AGCCACACCACCACUUUCAGCCCCUUCUCCUCAAAACACAGCAUACGUACCCGUCACUAUAGGUCCACAAUCUUCUCACGCCCCAAACAUCUAUGUCCCUAUGACAACUCAUGCAGCCCCUCAAAUAGCCAUGCAAGCCAUCUGCCGGCCUCAAAUGUCAUCCCAUGCUCCUGUCAUGCCCGACCCACAUAUCCAUCCACAGACACACGUAGGUGUUUCAGGUGUCUCCCUGGCACCCUCAGUUGCUUCAGCAGGCACCUUUCCUUUAUUAUCAAAUAAUCAUGGUGGCAGUUUUCAUCCCCAAGCUGCAGUGCGCCUUCCCCAAACGUUCAUGCAAACCAUGUCUACACGUAACCCCUCCCCCCAGCCCCUCCCCUCUAAUCCUGCACCGGCAGGCAAACUGGACAAGCUUCUGGAGAGACUGGGCUCACAUUUCCCACAAUGCACAAGAGAUCAGUUAACACGUGUUCUACAGCAAAUCAAGAGUGAGCGUGGUACUAUGGCUGGCAUGUCGAUGGAUGAUUUAACUCAGCAGGUUGCGCUCAGACUUGCGCAGAACCAAAGACCGCCACCAGGACCUAUAGCACCCCCGUCUGGAGCUAGAGCCUUUCCUGCUUCAGUUGGUCCGAUCCAGCGCCCUAUAGCCCAGCCACCACAUCCCAUGAGGCCUCAUUUCCGUCCCCCAGUUGCUCAGGUUUUCCACACAAGACCCCCACAGUCCUCUAUGCGGAAGUUUUGUUUGAUGUGUCAGAAUCUUGUGGAUCCUGGAAGUCAGUACAACAUAAACUGCUCCCAUAUAAUGCACAAAGAAUGUGUCAGUGUUUGGCUCAAGACCAGCAAGAAUAACUCUUGUCCUUUCUGCCCAUCCAAAUGAGAACUGAGAACCCAAUCACAAUCAUAGUUGAGCCAAUACCUGCAAAGAAUUAAGUGGAAUGAUGAUAUUAAUAGUUAUAUUCAAGUGUGAAUUAAGUUUUUUUAAUUCCAUUAUAACUAUGGUUAAUGUUAGAAAAUAAAUCGUUCCAUUCCCUGUCAGAGUUGACUAUUAUUAUUAUAAAGGACAGUAUGUAAUUACACUAAUUAGUUACUUUGCUGAUCAAUGGAAAUCCUUACUAUAUGAAUUUUUUCAGUAUUCAGUGUUAUUCCAAAGAUUUUCAAACUUAACCUCAAGUAUAAUCCUCAUUAUGUAAGCUUUUCUAAAGGUCAUGUGACAUGGACACAAACUCCUAAACAGAAUAAAAAAUGUUCUUUUCACUUCAACAACUUUUCCUAGUGAUUUAAAACUGCUUACCUGGAAAAUGUUGCUGUUAUAUAUUUCUGUAUUUUAAUAAAUUAAUUAUCAACAGAGGCCUUUACGUGGAGAGUUUUAUGCAUUAAAGAAGAAAAAUAAAUUCA